AUGAACUUUCUCAAAUCUGCCGUGGCAUCUGCCAUCGCACAAGGUCCUCCGUUUCCCUACAAUUUUGGCGACAAGGUCGACAUCGAUGAGUCUAUCUGGACAUUGUACAACGGUACCAAGAGAGAAGACGGAUCAAACUGCAGCAUCUUCUCCUUCGACAUUACCACCAACCGAUCCCAGCUCCCCCUAGCCAAAAAUGCUCUGAAGAAGCUCCGAACGCUACGACACCCGGGCGUGGUCAAAGUCCUAGAUGCUGUCGAGACGGAAACAUACAUUUACAUUGCGACCGAACGAGUGGUGCCCCUACGAUGGCACGUUAAAAGGAAGAGUCUUAGCCCCGAGACGAUAAAAUGGGGUCUUCAUAGCGUUGCUCGUACCAUGAAAUUCAUCAACGAAGAUGCUUCCUCCAUCCACGGCAGCAUCAAAGUCGGAUCGGUCUAUACAUCAGAAAGUGGCGAGUGGAAAUUGGGCGGGUUCGACGUUCUUAGCAGCCUCAAGGAUGACGAGUCUAUCAUAUACACAUACGGGAGCUUAGUGCCCGACGCCUCAAGAUAUGCACCCCCUGAGCUGGCCAAAGGUGGAUGGGAUGUUAUCAAGAAGAACCCACAUACGGCAGUCGACUCUUUCAACCUUGGAACCUUGAUAUACGAGGUCUUUAACGGCGACUACAUCGGAGCCGAUCAGGCUGGCCAAACCAAGAGCGUCCCUCCCUCAAUGCAAUCCAGCUAUAAGCGCCUGUGCAACGCCAACCCCAAGGCCCGAAUCAGUGUGGGAGCUUUCCUUGACCAAGGAAACAGGAGCGGUUCUUUCUUUGAUAGCGCUCUCAUCAAACUGACAGAGGGUAUUGAUAACUUGGAUAUUAAGACCCCCGACGAACGCGAUGAGUUUCUUGCGGGUCUGGACGAUGUGAGCGAUGACUUUCCAGAAGAAUUCUUCAAGUUAAAGGUGAUGCCCGAGUUGAUGAAGUCGGCGGAAUUUGGUGGCGGAGGCCCAAGAGCGGUCUCUGUAGUGUUAAAGAUUGCAGCGAAGCUCCCCAAGGAAGAUUUCGACGCCAAGAUCACUCCCUUCAUUAUCCGCCUAUUUGGGAACCCGGAUCGAGCCAUCCGAGUUUGUCUGCUAGAUAACCUCCCAUUAAUGAUUGAUCAACUAUCACAAAAGAUUGUUAACGACAAGAUCUUCCCACAACUGACUACUGGCUUUACCGAUGUUACACCUGUUGUGAGAGAGCAGACUCUAAAAUCCGUCCUUGUCAUCAUCACAAAACUCUCUGAUCGCACAAUCAAUGGCGACCUACUCAAGCAGCUUGCGAGGACCGCAAAUGACGAGCAGCCUGGUAUUCGUACAAACACGACCAUCUGUCUAGGAAAAAUUGCCAAGCACCUCGGUACCUCAUCGCGAUCGAAGGUCCUUAUAGCCGCCUUUACAAGAUCCCUGAGAGAUCCCUUUGUUCAUGCGAGGAAUGCUUCCCUGAUGGCUUUGGGGGCCACUGCGGAGUAUUUUACAGACGAAGACGCGGCUUGCAGAAUUUUGCCUGUGAUCUCUCCUGCCUUGAUCGAUAAGGAGAAAAUUAUUCGCGAUUCUGCCACUCGUACUAUGGAGGUAUAUCUUCAGAAGAUUAAGAAGGCAGCUUCUUCUAUGCCUGAUACUGUUCUGCCUCCUCCUCAGGCUGCUGAUAGUGCUGCUCCGCGAAUGAGCACACCUCAGCCCAACGAAAACACUGCAGGUGGCUGGGCAGGAUGGGCCAUAUCAUCUUUUACAAACAAGAUGUCUGCUGCUGCAGGUGACAUUCACGCAGAGUCAGAAUCCCGUACUGCUUCACCAGGACCAGCUACUCCGGCUAGCUCCGAACCCAAAAAGCAAACGACUGGUACUGCUUCAUCACUUCACCGACAAGCUGUCAAGUCACCCCCAGCGCCUCUAUCACGCAACUCAUCGCAUACAGCAAGCGUGGUGGCCGAUUCUUUCUUACCGGCGGAUGAUGAUGAUGUUGGAGAUUCGUGGGGUGAUAUGAACGACGACUUUGAUAGUUUCGAUGCCCCCGAGCAGUCUUCAAAGCAACCUGCAGCAACUGCAUCUGCCACGCCAUUUGACGAAGGCGAGCCUGACUUCGCUGGAUGGUUAGCUGCGCAGUCACAAAAGAAGUCAGGAACCGCCAAACCGCUGCCAAAGGGCUUAUCCAAGUCCUCGGCGGCAAAGAAGCCGGUAGCUAAACCCGCAGCCAAACCAGUCACAGCGAAGAAGCUUGAUAUGAAGCCGAAGGAGACCGAUGACGAUGAUGGCUGGGGCGACGGCUGGUAA